AUGGGUGUUGGCAACCCGGACACUUGGAUCGCCCAACUGCGCGAGUGCAAAUACCUGCCAGAGGCAGACAUGAAGGCGCUCUGCGAGCAGGUAAAGAAUAUUUUGAUGGAGGAAAGCAACAUCCAGCCAGUUUCGAGCCCCGUCACCGUAUGUGGCGAUAUUCACGGUCAGUUUUGGGAUCUGCUGGAGCUGUUUCGCGUAGGAGGUGACUUGCCAGACACGUCAUACAUAUUUAUGGGUGACUUUGUAGACCGUGGCUAUUUUAGUCUCGAGACGUUCUCGUACCUGAUGGCGCUAAAAGCACGGUACCCAAAUCGCAUAAUUUUGCUUCGUGGCAACCAUGAGAGUAGGCAAAUCACACAGGUGUACGGUUUUUAUGACGAAUGCAUGCAAAAAUUCGGGAGCGCGACCGUGUGGAAGAACUGCUGUCAAGUGUUUGACUACCUCAACAUUGCAGCAAUUAUCGAUGGCCGCGUGCUUUGCGUGCACGGAGGUCUCAGCCCUGAACUGCGAUCCUUGGACCAGAUCCGCACGAUUAUGCGCGUCCAGGAAGUUCCGCACGAGGGCCCUUUUUGUGACUUGAUGUGGUCGGAUCCAGAGGACAUCGAAACAUGGAGCGUCAGUCCACGCGGCGCUGGGUGGCUGUUUGGCCGCAUGGUGACGAAAGAGUUUAAUCACCUUAAUGGGAUUGAGUUGAUUGCGCGCGCACACCAGCUUGUGCAAGAGGGAUAG